AUGGCUGAACUCGCGACUCAACUCAUCCGCACCACGGUGCGGACCUUCUAUACCGUCGAUCAGAUCCUCGUCAUCGAUGCGCUUGUGAUUCACUCCACCCUCUCCGACACCGACCUUGCUGCUGUUCUCAACAUGCUGCCGAAAACCCUCAGAAAACAUUGUGGCCGCCUGAAGGAAGAUGGUCUCCUCAGUAUCCACACCCGAGCAGAGCGUCGAAUAGACCAGGCGCCCAGCUUCCACGGCAACAAUCCACAGACUGGCAAGGAGCGACUGACGAAUCGAGACUGGUACUACCUCAACUAUCACCGCGCCAUCGACAGCAUCAAAUAUAGGAUGCACAAGCUGAACAAGCACAUCGACAGCUUGGGCAUGCCAACGACUGAGAAGAAGGACCUCUCCUGUCCAAGGUGCAAGAGUCAGUACACUGAACUGGAAGUGCUGGACAACCUCGACGAGUCCACGGGCCAGUUCCUCUGCCAUCGGUGCAGAAAUCCAUUAGACGCCAUCGAGGAAGAAGAGCGUGCGAACGAGAAUGAGAGCAUGAAGCGCUUGAAUCAACAGUUUGAAAAGCUUCAGCAGCUACUCCAAAGUAUCGAUGCGGCUGCCGUGCCUGAGAACGACUUCGAGACUGCACUCGGCAAACAGAAGCCGAUUCCAAGGACAGAUGCUAAUCCAGGAGCUAGGACGGAAAUUGUCGACGUCAAGAACAAGAAUCUGGAGAGCACCAAAGGUCUUGAGCUCAAGCCAGAAAAGAUUGCUGUCCAGGUGCAGGACGAUGAGGAUGUGAAGCGCGAGAAUGCGGCAGCGGAGGCUGAGGCGAGGAAAGCAAAGGAAGCACGCGCAAAUGCGUUGCCAGAGUGGAUAUCGAGAAGUACGAUUACUCAGGAGAUCACGGCGGUGGGAGCGAAGGAGGAGAAGGAACGGCGAGAACGAGAGGCGCAUUCCGGCGUUGUCAAAGACGAUGACGGUGACGAGAAGAAACCGUCCGUCGACAAUGACGACGUCAUGGCAGCAUACUGGAAGGAGUUGGCGGCAGCCAGGGAGAAAGAAGCGCAAGAAGCUCGUGACGAAGAAGAAGAGGACGAUGAUGACGAGGAAGACGAGUUCGAGGAUGUUGAUGUGAAUGGUAGCGGCACUCCCGCGAAUGGCGCAAACGGUACCGCCGCUACCUCAACUGGCAUGAAUACGCCUCUGAACGUCGAGAGUAGUAAUGCCACGGACGAUGAGAGAGAGGCGAAGCGUGCCCGACUCGAUGAGCCGUCAUCGUCAAAUCUGGCGAACGGCGCGAACGGUCAAGCGGAGAAGGCAGCAGAAGAUACCCCAGCGGCGAGCGAUGCGGAUGACGAUGAGCUGGAGUUCCAAGAUGUCUGA